GAGCUACGUCGUGUGUCCUCCCUGCGCAGCCGCACUGGUGCGUUCCUGAUUCCGACGGUACUGUCAUGGCACGAGCGGCUAGCACCCCGGAGGUGAUCCGCGCGGCGCAGAAGGACGAGUACUACCGCGGUGGACUGCGAAGCGCAGCGGGCGGUGCCCUGCACAGCCUGGCAGGUGCAAAGAAAUGGCUGGAGUGGAGGAAGGAGAUUGAGCUGCUCUCAGAUAUAGCCUACUUUGGCCUCACCACACUGGCAGGCUACCAGACGCUCGGGGAGGAGUACGUGGGCAUCGUCCAGGUGGACCCCUCCCGGCAGCGCGUGCCCUCCAGGCUCCGCCGAAGCGUGCUGGUCGCACUCCAUGCAGUCCUGCCCUACCUACUGGACAAGGCCCUGUUGCCGCUGGAGCAGGAGCUGCAGGCUGAUGGCGACGGAGCCCGGGCCUCACAGAGCAGCCUGGCACCCAGCAGGCGUAGCCAAUCAGGGGCACGGCGCUGGGUGCGACACCACGCAGCCACCUUGACCGAGCAGCAGAGGAAGACGCUGCAGCGGGUGACCUUUGUCCUCAGACAGGGCCUCACUUGCCUCCACCGGCUCCAUGUCGCUUGGUUUUACAUCCACGGAGUCUUCUAUCACCUGGCCAAGAGGCUUUCGGGGAUCACUUAUCUGCCGGACCACCUGCCUCCACAGCUCCACAUCCGCCACCUGCCUGGAGAGGACCUGAAGGCGCGUGCCGGCUACCGGCUGCUGGGACUGGUCUCGCUGCUGCACCUGGCGCUCUCCUUGGCACUGCAGCUCUACAGCUUCCGACAGAGGCAGCGUGCCCGCAAGGAGUGGCGGCUGCACCGCAACCUGUCUCACCGCAGGAGCUCCCUAGAAGACCGGGUGGCGUCCAGAGCCCCGCUGUGCACCCUGUGCCUGGAGGAGCGCAGGCACUCAACGGCCACGCCAUGCGGCCACCUCUUCUGCUGGGAGUGCAUCACUGAGUGGUGCAACACUAAGAUGGAGUGUCCCCUCUGCAGGGAGAAGUUCCCUCCCCAGAAGCUUAUCUACCUGCGGCACUACCGCUGAGCGACACCGGGGGGCUUUAGGAAGUGGCAGAAGGAAAAAGCCUGGACAAAAGCUGUCCUAACUAGCUGCGCAGAAAUUAUAAAAUGCUCACACUUCAUCACACAAGCUGCUAUGUCAAAUUCCUGGGCAGAGGACAGAAAGGACACUAGCAAGGCCCUGUUGCAGAGCCUUCAGAACUGUGUUGGGACGGGGCCCUGAGACCCGCAGUGGGCAGAUGUGCACUGCUCAGGACCCCGCCCUUGCCUGAGCCACAGAGCUGAGAACACAUGCAGAAGUUAGCCAGAAAGUUUUAUUCGCUGGAGAUGAGCACGCUCACACUGGGCUGUUCAGAGGCAGAGCUGAGUGCCCUGGCUGGCACGGUUACGGGCCCAGACAGACCGCCUCCAGGCCUGGGUGUUGGGCUGCACCCACACACCAGCCAGGGCUCAGCACCUCUGAGAUGUUUGGCACGCACUGUUCAAUGUCCUCUGCUCCCUGUUUUAAGAAAAUAGGUGCUGUCUCCGCCUUAAACAGGGAGGGGCCUCCAGCUGGCAGGCAGAGCCAACUCAGUAAGCACGCCCUUGGGUGGGCAAGGGAGCCAGGACCACAUGGGUGGCAGCCUGCUCACCCAAGCUUGCUGCUGUGGCCAGCACCACCUCAGCUGUCUUCAGCCUGCGUCCCACCUUGCUUAGUGCUUCCAGGUUUUUAAAAUUAACAUGUCAGAGACAGAUUAGUCUCUUAACUCCCUAGAAGAGUGACCUGGAAGGGUUUUAUAAAAGUAGGGCCUCUGGGCUGUGUCAUAGCCCCCCCACCGAAGUCUAAAGGCUUUCGUCAUCAAGGCCAGGAGGGUACACACUCGGGGUGCCAGAGGCCUCCCAGUCUCUAAAGGAAGGAGAUCCCCACAGAGAGCUGGGCACAGCUCUAUGAGCCAUCUCGUGCUGCUCUUAUUCACACCAUUUCCUGUCAGAGUUAAGGCCUGAGCACCAGCCAGGAAAACGAAAGGUCCAGAGUUUGAGAAAUGCAGAUUCUGCUCCCACAUGCUACCAGAGGUACCGAGAACAUCCUAUGAGAUGGUGCGGUAUACCAAGGGCCUAAAUGUGGGCUCUCAAAGGAGAUCAAGUCCAGGUGUACAAAAUUCAGCAAAAGAAAAUGCAGACAGACAACUGAGACACUCAGCACUGAGAACUACCUGGUGAAUGGGUCCCAUCGCCCUGAGUGGGCACCUGAACCGGCUGAGGCUGCAGGAGACACCAGGCUGCAUCUUGAUGUCCACAGCUGGGGGUUGCUGUUGUGCUGGCCGAACAGUUCACCUCCCAGGGAGGCCAAAAGACGCUGGGCUUUGGGGCAGUGACCGUGUUUGAGAUGAAGACUACACAAGCAAGGGGACAUUGUCUUUAAUAAAGUCAGAAUUAAAAAGUCAA